UCCCAAGUCCCAUCUAUCCCCCACACCCUCAGUUUUCCGCAUGCAUAGCUCCAGUUCCUUCCGCUUCAGCUACAGCUUCUUAUCUCUCUACAGCCCACUGAGGCAUUAGGCUCCUUUCUUUCGUCUCUGAGAGAAAACCAAGAGAAAUGGCAUUGCUUCUCCUUCUCUUUCUCACAUCCCUAUCGCUCUUCGUCAAUCCCUCACAGUCUCAGCUCAGCUUGGAUUACUACCAGAAAUCGUGCCCGAGAUUUAACCAAAUCAUGCAAGACACCAUCACCAGCAAGCAGAUCAACAGCCCCACAACAGCCGCAGGAACUCUCCGCCUCUUCUUCCACGACUGCCUCGUCAACGGCUGCGACGCCUCCAUCCUCGUCUCCUCCACCCCCUUCAACUCAGCCGAGCGCGACGCCGACAUCAACCUUUCCCUCCCCGGCGACGCAUUCGACGUCGUCGUCCGCGCCAAGACAGCCCUCGAGCUCGCCUGCCCCAACACCGUCUCGUGCGCCGACAUCUUAGCCGUUGCCACUCGCGACCUUGUUACCAUGGUGGGUGGUCCCUACUACAACGUCUUCUUGGGACGCAAAGAUGGGCGGGUCUCUAAAUCAUCCUAUGUCGAAGGCAAACUUCCAAGAGCCACAAUGUCUAUGUCUCAGAUCAUUAAUCUUUUUUAUUCUAAUGGGUUCUCGAUCCAAGAAACGGUGGCCUUGUGCGGUGCUCACACCAUUGGGUUCUCUCAUUGCAAGGAAUUCAGCUCCGGGAUCUAUAACCAGAGCAGCAAGUAUUCGCAGUACGAUACGCAGUACAAUCCGAGAUUUGUUCAGGCGUUGCAGAAAGCUUGUGCGGAUUAUCAGAAAAACCCCACGUUGUCGGUGUUCAAUGACAUCAUGACUCCCAACAAGUUCGACAACAUGUACUUCCAGAAUCUGCCUAAGGGGUUAGGGCUGUUGAGGUCGGAUCACGGCCUGUACAGUGAUUCGAGGACGAGGGAAUUUGUACAAAUGUACGCGGCGGAUCAGAACAAAUUCUUUGAGGCGUUUGGCAAGGCAAUGGAGAAGCUAAGUUUGUAUAAGGUCCAGACGGGGAGGCAAGGAGAGAUUCGGCAUAGAUGUGAUGCCUUUAACUAAGAAUCAUGAGUUGAAACCUUUUUCUGAGGCC